UCCAACAAAAAUAGUUCAAAUACUCAAACGACAUUUUCAAGUGGGAUCUGAUAAAAUUUCUUGGGAAACAAACUAGAAAAUGGACCAGAACCCAGUUUGGGAAGAUCGUGAGAUCAAGUUCGACAUACCGAACAUCUACAAAACGAUUCGCGGUGGCGAACGGAUUCUGGAGAUUUUGGAUUCAAUCGAGGACACCAAGGGCAAUCUGGGAGAUCGCGGCCGCCUAUUGGUUACCAACCUGCGUGUCAUUUGGUACUCGGUAACGUCGAAUCGUUUCAGUCUGUCGAUAGGUUUCAGCUGUGUCCUCACGAUGAACACGAAGACCGUCGUCUCGAAGGUGCGCGGAACCACCCAAGCUCUGCAUAUUCUCACCGUUGGCAGUAAUUCUCGGUUCGAGUUCAUCUUCACCAACAUGACUAUCAACAGUACUAAACAUUUUUCAGCUAUUUUUGAUAUCUAUAGACUGUAUCAAGCAUCAUUUUUGUAUCGGGAGCUUAAACUACGAACUGCCAUCGUGAAUGGUGGCCAGCUCAAUGUUCUAGCCCAGGAACAGGUGUUUAACAGUAUCAACGGGGUCUGGAAUCUGUCUAGCGAUCAGGGUAAUUUGGGCAUUUUUAUCUUCAGUAAUGUUCGAUUGGUGUGGUUCGCG